AUGGAAGACCCCAACCAACAAGCCUUGUUGGAGGCCGUCCAGCCAGGCAGCACACCUCAAAAUGGCGAACAUGCUUCAGUUGGACAUGAACAUAGUGAAUAUUUAGCCAAUGGAGAGCAGGCCGAGCCAACUGGACCGCUCGAGGGGACCGAACACCAGAGUCCUAAAGAACUUGAGCGACAGGGGCCUAGAGACAAUUUUUACCAGCAUCCUACUAGCGUAACUGAACAAAAUCAAGAAACAGCUAUAUGUAUUAAAUCUGCAGUAGAUAUGGAAGAACUCAAUGACACUGGGCUCACGACUGAUCGUGUUGAAGAGCUUCGGUCAGUCUUCGGUCCAAAUGCUGUCAAGCCAAAGCAGGUGGGGUAA